AUGGCGGGAUCGGACGACAGCGGCGAGGACCGCCCCCCCUUUGGAGACUACCAGUUGGAGCUUUACAGGAAUGGUGUUCUGUUAGGAGAGCCCCCGGUGGUCACGACGAAUCCAAACAGGCUCGAGGCUCAGGCUCGGAAGGCCAUGGAGCCAGGCCCCUUCAACUAUAUCUACGGCGGGGCCGGGGAACAGGCGACGAUGGAGGCAAACCGGUUGGCGUUCCGGCAGUGGAAGAUCAUCCCCCGCGUGCUGAGGCCAACCAUACCUAGGGAUCUCAGCGUGGAGCUGUUUGGCAAGAAAUACCCCAGCCCCGUGGUGAUGGCCCCGAUCGGCGUCCAGGGAGCAUACCACCAAGACCGCGAGCUGGGGGUGGCCGAGGCAUGCGCAGAGCUAGGCGUGCCCUUCACGCUGAGCACGGCGAGCAACACCACCAUCGAGGAGCUCGCGGACGCAGCGCGGGCGCGCGAGCCGCAGCCAGACCGGUGGUUCCAGCUGUACUGGCCGCAGGACGACCAGAUCACGGCGUCGCUGCUGCGGCGGGCGCGGGCGGGCGGCUACUCGGUGCUGGUGGUGACGCUCGACACGUUCACGAUGGCGUGGCGGCCGCUGGACCUGGACGCGGGGUUCCUGCCGUUCGUGCAGGGCAGCGGGGUCGAGGUGGGGCUGAGCGACCCGGCGUUCCGGCGCAAGUUCGCGGCGGCGCACGACGGCGAGACGCCCGAGGACAACCCGCUGCUGGCGGCGCAGGCGUGGACCGGCGAGGCGUUCUCGGGGCACGCGCACGCGUGGGAGGACCUGGCGCUGCUGCGGCGGCACUGGGACGGGCCGAUCGUGCUCAAGGGGAUCCUGAGCGCCGAGGACGCGCGCACGGCGGCGCGGCACGGGGUGGACGGGAUCGUGGUGUCGAACCACGGCGGGCGGCAGCUGGACGGGGCGGUGCCGGCGCUCGAGGUGCUGCCCGAGAUCGUCGACGCGGUCGGCGGGGAGGUCACGGUGCUGUUCGACUCGGGCAUCCGCACCGGCGCCGACGUCGUCAAGGCGCUCUGCCUGGGCGCCAGGGCGGUGCUGGUGGGCCGGCCGGUCAUGUACGGGCUGGGCAUCGCGGGCAAGGAGGGCGCCAGGCAUGUGCUCGCCGGGCUGCUGGCCGAGCUGGACCAGACGCUGGGCCUGUGCUGCGUGAGGAGCGUGGCAGAGCUCAACAGGGGCAUGCUGAGGAGGCUGGCCUAUGGCGGCGACGUGAAGUCGUCUCUGUGA